GCCCAUUGCUCAGACCCCGCCCCUUCCUCCAACGUCAACGGGCCUCUUUCCAUUUACUUCAGUGGACCCUGGUCCCCGCAGCAGCCAAGGCAGCGUCAUGCGAGAGAACAAGGGAAAGCCCCGCCCAUUUUCCCCUCCCCCCCCCCUCAAGGCCAACCGUCCAACACCAAGCGCGCCCAUUGGCUGCCCGGCCCCGCUUAGGCUCCGUCCAAUAGGGUAGGAGGGAAUCGGCAGCGGGAUGGGAGCUCGGGCAGCACCAUGGCGGAUCGGCUAACGCAGCUGCAGGACGCGGUGAACUCGCUUGCAGAUCAGUUUUGUAAUGCGAUUGGGGUAUUGCAGCAAUGUGGCCCACCUGCCUCCUUCAGUAACAUUCAGACAGCGAUAAACAAAGACCAGCCAGCUAAUCCUACAGAAGAAUAUGCUCAGUUGUUUGCGGCAUUGAUUGCACGAACUGCUAAGGAUAUUGAUGUUUUAAUAGAUUCAUUACCUAGUGAAGAAUCAACAGCAGCUUUGCAGGCUGCUAGUCUGUAUCGGUUAGAGGAGGAAAACCAUGAAGCAGCUGCCCGUCUGGAAGAGGUGGUUUAUCGUGGGGAUAUGCUACUAGAAAAGAUACAGAGUGCCCUAGCAGAUAUUGCUCAAUCACAGCUGAAGACCAGAAGUGGUACUCGUAGCCAACCUAUUCCAGAUUCAUAGCAGCAGGGGGCAGCAUUUUGCUGCAAAAGUGAACUAUUAGAUUGUGAAUAAAAUCAUAUUUUUGAAAACAAAGUUCUGUCUCAAACACUUACAAUAAUAUUGAGCCAUACUGUUGUGUAAAUAUUUUGAGUGCACUGAUUAUAGUAAAAGCAUGUCACUUGUCAAAGCCUAAAAGUCUUGUUAUAUAUUCUCAAGUUUGGCAUGAAAAGCAUUUAUAAACUAAGAAUUGGUGUUCGUGUUGCUCCAGCACUGCACAUUUAAUGUGUUUCCUUUAUUUCAAAAUCCUACUUUUUUGGUAAGUUUAGCUUCUCUUAUGCAUAGAUUUGUAUCUGAUGAGCUGUCAUCUUCACAAUGUAAACUUGUAUAUUCCUACUGGGCAAUAAGGGAAAAUUCUUUCUCAGCAUAUUUUUGGUAACCUCCCUCUCCUCUAAAUCUUCAAGAUUAGGUUGUCUUAUUUUAUUGUGAGGCUUUUACAGGAAAUUGUGCUUCACUGUGCAGAGUUCUAUGAGCAAAGUGAUGUGCAUUCUGAGGUUGUUCAAGUGCUCAUCUCUUGCAUUGCUAUAUAUACUGUUUAAUUACUGUUUCUGCUGUGACACUUUGGCAAACUUAUUAUUUGACUGUAUUUUAUCUUCUUUGGCUGCAAGCUAAUAUACAGUUUUCUUGCCGGCUGCAUCCUGUUAAUACUUAGAAAAAGAGCCAAUGCCAAGAUCAGGUGUCUGUCAAAUUUAUGGUUCACAAAUGGGACUGUGGAGCAGUAGUGGUUCUUGAUGCACUUGCUGAUUCCCUGCAGGCUGCUAGCAGGUCUUAUGGAAUUGGCUCUACCCCUUUGCUUCUGGUUGCUUCUACAGAUGCCAGGUUUCUCAUGGCAAAGCCUGUGCCUGUAAAAGUAGAAGCUACUGAGAGGAGCUGCUGGUUGUAGUUGCAUCGGAGGAAUCUGAGAAGAAACAAAAGGAGUCCAGUAGGGAUAGAAGCCAGUGAUGGAAGAGCUGAAGCUAACUUCUUUUCUAAUAUUGCUCUUCUGUGUAAACAGUUGCCAUAGCCACUGCAUGGACAUUGUGUGAGUGUCAAUAUGAAAGGGGUAGUCCCUGAGA